AUGAGCAAGAUCCUAGAAUUGUUGACGAACAAAGGAAAAGCAGUGCAGAAUGAUCCGGAGACAGAUAUGGACCCCACUCAUCCUCCAGGGUUUACCCCAGUGCGUGGACAAACGUCAGUUCCACUACCUGGCGUCAUGGAGGGUUCAAUGCCAAGUAUACCCCCGUUCAUCCCUAAUAUACAAGCCCAGGGGUUUCCAGUAGUGGGGACUCCCCCAUUAGUAGCUUCUGAUUUGGGGGUGAACAGAUCUGAAACUGAACGUCGAUACGAUGUACUAGAGGAACGUCUGAAAGCUAUUGAAGGAUCCAAUACAUUCGAUUCUGUAGAUCCCAAUGAUUUGUGCCUCGUGCCAAAGGUCACCCUGCCACCAAAAUUCAAAGUACCAGAUUUUGAAAAAUUUAAUGGAACUAACUGUCCUCGAACUCACCUGCGCCUGUAUUGCCAAAAAAUGGCUGCCCAUUCCGAUAAUGAGAGACUAAUGAUGCAUUGCUUUCAAGACAGCUUGACAGGGGCAGCUAUCAGGUGGUAUAUUCAACAAGAUCGGACUCGGAUCCGCACAUGGAAAGAUUUGGCUAAUUCUUUUAUAGCUCAAUACCGCCAUGUUAUAGAAAUGACACUCGAUCGUAUGACCUUGCAGAGUAUGCAAAUGAAGCCCACCGAAACAUUUAGAGAAUAUGCAUAUAGGUGGAGGGACAUGUCUGUCCAGGUCAAUCCUCCGGUGGAAGAUAGGGAGGCUAUUUCCCUAUUUGUGAAUACCACGGCCAUCAAAGUCGGGAGAACUAAAAGUAUUAGUACAGAGACUGGUCUAGGCAAGAAGUGGACAAGCAAGAAAAAAGAAGAAGAGGUCCAGAUGGUUCAAAGACAACAAUAUCAAAGAGAGCAUGGCCAAGGGACUAGGAGGAAUUUUGUUUUCGAGCCCUCUGUCAAUCAGACUGUUCAUACGGGAGGUAGACCCCAAGUUGUUCCUUCCGGGGCCAUGCCCGCCCAGCCGAAUAUGCGAACUCAUGAUAGAGGCAUCCAGAGGAAUAUGAGAAGGAUAGAUCCUAUUCCAAUGACAUACUCAGAAUUAUUCCCACAAUUGAUGGAGAGGAACUUAGUUUCAGUCAUUCCUGGAACGGUCGUUACGGCACCUUUUCCACAAUGGUAUGACCCCGAAGCCAAGUGUGCAUAUCACGCUAACACUCCCGGGCACACUAUUGAACGUUGUUGGGCAUUCAAAAAUAAGGUUCAAACACUAAGAGAAGCCGGAUGGCUAGCAUUCGAUGAUAAACAACCAGGAAUUCAAGGGAACCCUUUGCCCAAUCAUGGGGGUAACAAUGUCGGAAUGAUAGAAGAAGGGACGAAUGAGGUGGAUUUUGAACAAAUGUCUUUAGAUUGGGUGUUCAAUGAACUUAUUGCGGCAGGUCGGAUAGGGCAAGAGGCUGUUUGCCCCACUAAUGCACUUUGUUUAUGUCAGAGUAAAGAAGGAAGAUCUGUGAAAAAGUGUGUAACUUUUAGAAUGUUUUUGCAAAAGAUGGUGGAUAACAAGUUUAUAGAGAUUGGUUGUACCCACAAAAGUGGAGAGAUUGCAGUCAUUGGGGAAAACCGGCCGGUAUAUCAUCAGUGCACUAAUCAACCAUUCAUACCUACCAUGAACAAGGCUUUUCCCACACAGGAAGCGCCAGCUCGCUUGGUGAUCUCUACUCCUAGGCCAUUCCCAUACAAGAGUAACCAAGCAGUACCCUGGAAAUAUGAAUGUGAAGCGUAUGACGAAGGAAGCACCAGCAAUAUAGCAGGGGUGAAAGGGAUAACUCGAAGUGGUAGGGUGUAUAUGCCAGAUUCUUCUAAAACAAAUCGACAGAAUGUAGGGGAACCAGACAGGGUAGUGAAAAGUCCAAUAUCUAAUGGAGAGGCCGAAGAAUUCUUGAAGAUAAUAAAGCAUAGCGAGUACAACAUUGUGGACCAACUAAAGAAAAUGCCGGCUCACAUAUCUGUUUUGUCACUUCUACUAAAUUCAGAGACCCAUCGGGAGGCAUUACUUAAAGUCCUAAAUCAAGCCUACAUUCCCCAAGAUAUCAGUGUUGAUAAAUUCAAUCAUGUGAUCGGAAGUCUGGCAGCCUCCAAUUACAUCACUUUUACUGAUGAAGAAAUUCCGCCAGAAGGCCAGGGGCACAACAAGGCGCUGCAUAUAUCCACCAAAUGUAAGGAUCAUAUGAUGUCUCGAGUCCUGAUAGAUAAUGGAUCAUCCCUCAAUGUUAUGCCAAUGACUACACUGCAAAGGUUACCCAUUGACCCUUCUUAUGUGACACCAAACAAUUUGGUGGUGCGUGCCUUCGAUGGGACACGAAGAGAGUCAGUAGGGUCGCUUGACAUCCCUAUUCAGAUUGGACCCGUAACCUUCAAUAUCACUUUUCAAGUCAUGGAUAUUACGCCUUCAUACAGUUGUCUCUUGGGAAGGCCUUGGAUACAUAAUACUGGGGCAGUUCCCUCCUCUUUGCAUCAGCGAGUGAAGUUUGUAGUAGGGGAUAAACUGGUAUGUGUUUAUGGAGAAACCGAUAUAAUGGUUACUAAACCUUCUUCCACUCCCUAUGUGGAAGCAGCUGAAGAAGCCCAUGAAGAUUCAUUCCGAGCAUUUGAGAUCAUCAACGUCAUUACUAUAAUGGAGGGAUCUUUUAUCCCUCAACCUCGGAUCUCUUCUUCCACGCGCAUGGUGGCCACGGAAAUGAUUAAAUCAAGGUUUUGCCCAGGAAAAGGGUUGGGGAAGUAUCUCCAGGGCAUCGCAAUGCCAUUGUUACCAGAAGGCACGAAUGAGAGAUACGGCAUCGGAUAUACUCCUACUUUAGCUGACCAUAAGAAGAAGGCAGAAGAGAAAAAAAUAAUCCGAAUCGAGAGGCGCACAGGAAGAGUAAGUACCAAGUGGGGGGUAGAAGUCCCGCCAAUGAAUCAGACCUUUCGAAAAGGCAAUCAAGUCACUCUUGAGGAAGAAAUGAAACAGAUGAGCAUAUUGGCCUUAGAAUCAGGGGACCACAUGAAUGACUCGAGUAGAUGGAUCUACCCAUUGACAGGAGCAGAAAUUCAGAACUGGACAUCUUCUGAUUACCCAAUUCAUUUCAUGGAUAGGGAAAAUAAUCAUACCAGUAUUCAGGAGCCAGAAAUUGAUGUUAACUUUGAAAACUUAAUCCUAGAAGCUGAAAUAGAAGAGGAGACUGACUUAUCACCUGAAAUGCAAAGAAUGUUGAAAUCAGAUGAAAAACCAACCUUAACCAGUAGCGACCCCACGGUCACAAUAAAUUUGGGGACUAAUGAGGAACCAAAAGAAGUAAAAAUCGGGGCACUGUUGGGAGGAAAAGAAAGAUGCGAAAUGAUAAACCUUUUGAAGGAAUACCAAGAUGUUUUCGCAUGGUCCUAUCAGGACAUGCCGGGUUUGGAUACUGACUUAGUAACACAUAAAAUACCCAUUUACCCAGAUAGCAAACCGGUAAAGCAGAAACUGAGGAGAAUGCGCCCAGAUAUGUUGAUCAAAAUAAAAGAAGAGGUACAAAAGCAGUUUGAGGCUGGUUUUUUAGAAGUAGCCAAAUAUCCAGAGUGGAUGGCCAAUGUAGUUCCAAUAAUGAAGAAAAAUGGAAAAGUGAGAGUCUGUGUUGACUAUCGAGACUUGAAUAAAGCUAGCCCUAAAGAUAAUUUCCCACUUCCACACAUAGAUGUGCUGGUAGACAAUACCGCGGGACAUGCCCUGUUUUCAUUCAUGGAUGGGUUUUCUGGAUAUAAUCAAAUUAAGAUGGCCCCAGAAGAUAAAGAUAAGACCACGUUCAUCACCUUAUGGGGGACCUUUUGCUACAAGGUUAUGCCCUUUGGUUUAAAGAAUGCAGGGGCAACCUAUCAGAGAGCCAUGGUAACGCUAUUCCAUGACUUGAUGCAUAAGGAGAUAGAAGUAUAUGUGGACGACAUGAUUGUUAAGUCUCGAGAUGAGUAUAGCCAUGUGAUAAACUUAAGGAAGCUAUUUAAAAGGCUACGAAAAUGUCAACUGAAAUUAAAUCCAGAAAAAUGUACAUUCGGAGCUUCUUCAGGAAAAUUGUUGGGAUUUAUCGUAAGUGAGAAAGGGAUUGAAGUAGACCCAGAUAAAAUAAAAGCUAUUCGAGAAAUGCCUAGUCCCAAAACUGAAAAAGAAGUCAGGAGUUUCCUAGGCCAAUUGAACUACAUAGCUCGAUUUAUAUCUCAGUUAACUGCUACUUGUGAACCCAUAUUUAAGCUGCUGAAGAAGGAUAACCCCGAAAAAUGGAGUGAAGAAUGUCAGAAAGCUUUUGAUAAAAUAAAAGAAUAUCUAUUGAACCCUCCAGUUUUGGUUCCCCCUGUACCUGGAAGGCCUCUUAUAUUGUACUUAGUAGUAUUAGAGAAUUCCAUGGGGUGUGUGUUAGGACAACAUGAUGAGUCUGGAAGAAAGGAGCGCGCCAUCUAUUAUUUAAGCAAAAAGUUCACGGAAUACGAAUCUAGGUACUCUAACCUGGAGAAGACGUGUUGCGCUUUAGUGUGGGUGGUUAGUAGAUUAAGGCAAUACACGCUGUAUUACACAACAUGGCUGAUUUCUAAAAUGGAUCCGAUUAAGUAUGUUUUCGAGAAACCUGCAGUAACAGGACGGAUGGCUCGUUGGCAAAUGCUGUUGACUGAAUAUGAUAUUACAUAUGUGACGAGAAAAGCCAUCAAAGGGAGCAUUAUAGCAGAAUAUUUGGCUGAUAGGGCCGUUAAUGAUUACCAAUCCAUGGAGUUUGACUUCCCGGAUCAAGAUAUUGAUUCAAUUGAUCAAGAAAAGGAAGGUAAUGUUGGGUGGAUGAUGCUAUUUGAUGGGGCGACCAACGUAUGGGGGCAUGGAAUAGGGGCUGUACUCAUAUCACCAGAGGGUAAAUAUUACCCAGUCACAGCCAAACUCACCUUUCCGUGUACCAAUAAUAUAGCAGAGUAUGAAGCGUGCGUAUUGGGCUUACAGGCGGCUAUUGACCGAGGCAUUAAAAAAUUGAUUGUAAAAGGAGAUUCCGCUUUGGUAAUUUAUCAGUUGACCAGAAAGUGGGAAACCCGGGAUUCCAAAUUAAUACCAUACCAGGAGUUCAUUCAGGAAAUGAUGCAAGAAUUCGAUGCCAUCAGUUUUUCGCAUUUACCGAGAGAGAGCAACUUAAUCCCUGAUGCGCUAGCAACAUUGGCGGCUUUAUUUAAGGUUGAGUCCGGAAUAGAGAUUGAACCCAUUCGAAUAAGGAUGCAUAGGGAGCCAGCAUAUUGUAUAAUGACAGAAGAAGCUGAUGGAAAGCCAUGGUUUCAUGAUAUCAAAACAUAUAUUCAAUGGAAGGAGUAUCCCAUAGGAGCCUCUAAUAAUGACCGAAAGACAAUUCGGAGGCUAGCUAUAGGAUUCUUUUUAGAUGGGGAGAUAUUGUAUAAAAGGAAUCAUGAUAUGACCCUCCUACGGUGCGUGGAGUUGCAAGAGGCAAAACAAAUCAUACAGGAAGUACACGACGGUGUUUGUGGGACCCAUGCGGGAGGACACCCGUUAGCCCGAAAAAUCCUAAGGAGUGGAUACUAUUGGAUAACCAUGGAACGGGAUUGUAUGGAGUAUGUUCGAAAGUGCCAUAAGUGUCAAAUCUAUGGAGAUCGCAUACAAGUCCCACCCACUCAACUCCAGGUUUUAUCUACACCUUGGCCUUUCUCAGCAUGGGGCAUGGAUGUGAUCGGACCGAUAACCCCGAAGGCCAGUAAUGGGCAUCGAUUCAUUUUUGUGGCCAUUGACUACUUCACAAAAUGGGUAGAAGCAGCAUCAUACUCUAAUGUCACUCAAAAUGUAAUCAAUCAUUUUAUCAGGACAGAAUUAAUUUGCAGGUAUGGGAUCCCAGAAAGGAUAAUAUCAGACAAUGCUAAAAACUUGAACAACGAGGUCAUGACAAAAUUAUGCAGUCAGUUCAAGGUCAAGCAUCAUAAUUCAGCCCCCUAUCGACCUCGAAUGAAUGGAGCGGUGGAAGCAGCCAAUAAGAACAUCAAGAGCAUCUUGGAAAAAAUGACGGAGACCUAUAGAGAUUGGCAUGAGAAGUUACCUUUCGCUUUAUUGGCCUAUCGAACCACUGUUCGAACAUCUACAGGGGCUACCCCUUUCUCUUUGGUAUACGGAAUGGAGGCCGUAAUUCCGAUAGAAGUUGAGAUUCCAUCGUUACGAGUCUUAAAAGAAGCAGAGUUAACCGAAGCAGAAUGGGUGCAAUCUAGAUAUGACCAGUUGAAUCUGAUUGAAGAAAAAAGAUUGACAGCUAUAGUUCAUGGGCAGUUAUACCAAAGGAGAAUGAUGAGAGCUUUUAACAAGAAAGUGCGUAUUCGACGGUUUCAAGAAGGAGAUCUAGUUUUGAAAAAGAUUUUACCAAUUCAUAAUGACCCCCGAGGUAAGUGGACCCCAAAUUAUGAAGGGCCGUAUGUGGUAAAGAAAGCAUUUUCAGGAGGUGCCUUAUUGUUAUCAGACAUGGAUGGAGCCGAUCUGGUGCACCCCACAAACUCAGAUGCGGUAAAGAAAUAUUUUUCUUAG